UAGGACCCGCGCGGAGCUGCUGGAGCGCUGGCCUCUGCUGCAGUCAGCGUGAGCAGCGGAGCAUCCGGAGGAGAGCUGGCCGGCUGGGGAGGCGGUGGAGGACGGGGAGAGCGAAGCAGAAGGAGGAUCCGGGAGUCAGCGAAAACAAAAAAAAAACAAAAAAGGGGUCAGGCCUGGAACUUGGCGAAGCGGGGGAUCCUAGAGAAGGAGGGUCAUCAUUUUAUCCCCUAUUUUUCAUCUUUUAUUUUUAUUUUCUUUUGCAUUGUAUUCAACAGUCACUCAUUUGGCGAUGCCGUCCAGCUCAGUUACCACCGCAGCCGCAUUCAAGAGCUCCGACAUCAACUGUGACACGAACGGAAAUCAAAUGAAUGAGAGCUCUAGAAUGGACACCGUGAUUAUUGAUGAGAUGCCUUCGCCCUGCACUCCUGUCCGCAAGGUUGGACGGCCUGGCCGCAAACGCAAGCACCUCCCCGUGGAGUGUUACGGGCCAGUGGAUCAGCUGGUGGGCGUGGCUAAGCAGCAAAAAGGGGUGGAGCCCCAGUCGUCUUUGCAGUCCCAGAAUGGAGAUGUUGAGAGGCAUGAGAACAAAUCGUGUGAAGGUCGCCACCCCACACUGGACAAGAAUUCUGCAGAAAACGGGCUCCCACGCCAGUCGGGCUGUCACACCGAGUCGGCCUCUGAUUCAAGCCUGAGCCCAUCCCUGGAGAACGGAUUUGUCUCCAGCCAGGACUCCGAGAAAUAUGAAGAGGAGACACUGCCAACUCUGCCUCACAAGAAACGAGGGAGACGGAAACUGGAGCGGCCGACUAAAUACGUGGAGCACAAGGAAGACGAGAGUGGGGACUCUGCAAAGAAUGAGGGAGCUCGAGGGAGGCUUCGUGGGGGAGUGGGCUGGGAAGUCAGCCUCCGUCAAAGACCCAUGCCCAGAGUAACCUUCCAAGCCGGUGACCCUUAUUACAUUAGCAAGAGGACCAGGGAGGAGUUGCUGGCCAAGUGGAAGUUGGAGGCAGAGAAGAAGGCGAAACUGGUGUCUGUGAUGAACUCAAUGGAGGACCAUGGCGAGGUAGAGUCAGAGCCUCAAAAAGACAGCUCCAUAAUCAACGUCCCACUACUCUUUUCUCCACCAACACUGCCAACGCAGCAGCAACCACCACAGCCUCAAGCUCAACCUCAGACCAACCUCAAACCCCAGCCUUCUCCCCAACAGCAACCUCCACCUUUCCAACAGCAACAGCAGCAGCAGCCUACAGAUCCAGCCUCUCCAACUGUUGCCACCACCCCAGAGCCCGUAUCUGUAGGGGACAGAAACAAGACCUCACCCAAGUCCACUGACACAGAGUUGGAGUACGAGGAUGGCCGAGGUUUCGGCAUUGGUGAGCUAGUCUGGGGAAAGUUACGAGGAUUUUCCUGGUGGCCUGGACGGAUCGUGUCCUGGUUAAUAACUGGACGCAGUCGGGCGGCUGAAGGAACUAGAUGGGUCAUGUGGUUCGGUGACUGCAAGUUUUCUGUGGUCUGUGUUGAGAAACUGUUGCCUUUAAGUUCCUUCCACAACGCCUUUCACCAGCCAACCUACAAUAAACAACCAAUGUACAAGAAAGCCAUUUUUGAGGUGCUACAGGUAGCUGGCACUAGAUCAGGCAAAAACUUCCUCAUGGUUACGGUGAGUGACGACACAGACCCUUCCAAGUCUGAAGACAUGCAAAUCAAAAAGAUGAUUGAAUGGGCCAUGACAGGAUUUCCACCCACAGGACCUAAAGGUCUAGAGCCGCCUGAAGAGGAGCGUAUCCCCUACAAGGAAGUGUAUCCAGAGAUGUGGGUGGAGCCAGAGGCGGCGGCCUACACGCCCCCACCAGCUAAAAAGCCCCGCAAGAGCACAGCCACAGAGAAACCCAAGGUCAAAGACAUCAUCGACGAGCGGACUCGAGAGAGGCUUGUAUACGAAGUUCGUCAGAAAUGUAGAAACAUUGAAGACAUCUGCAUCUCCUGUGGCAGCCUUAAUGUUUCCCUGGAGCACCCACUCUUCAUCGGAGGAAUGUGCCAAAGCUGUAAGAACUGCUUCCUAGAAUGUGCGUAUCAGUACGAUGACGAUGGCUACCAGUCCUAUUGUACUAUCUGCUGUGGAGGGAGGGAAGUGCUCAUGUGUGGAAACAGUAACUGUUGCAGGUGUUUCUGUGUGGAAUGUGUGGAUCUGUUGGUGGGCCCCGGCGCGGCGCAGGCAGCUAUUAAAGAAGACCCGUGGAACUGCUAUAUGUGUGGGACAAAGCAUCAGUGCGGUCUGCUGGAGCGCCGGAUGGAUUGGCCUUGUAGACUGCAGCGCUUCUUUGGCAACAAUCAUGACCAGGAUUUUGCACCACCAAAGCUCUACCCUCCGGUUUUGGCAGAGAAGAGGAAACCCAUUCGUGUGCUGUCACUUUUUGAUGGGAUCGCAACAGGGCUGCUGGUUCUGAAGGAGCUGGGUAUCCAGGUGGAGCGUUACGUGGCCUCAGAAGUGUGCGAGGACUCCAUCACUGUGGGUCUCGUUCGGCACCAGGGCCGCAUCAUGUACGUGGGUGAUGUUAGAAACGUCUCCCGGAGAAACAUCCAGGAAUGGGGUCCUUUUGAUCUCGUCAUCGGUGGAAGCCCAUGCAAUGACUUGUCCAUAGUGAAUCCAGCAAGAAAAGGUCUCUUCGAGGGCACGGGUCGACUCUUCUUCGAGUUUUACCGGCUUUUACAUGAGGCCCGACCUAAAGAGGGAGAUCACAGGCCGUUCUUCUGGCUCUUUGAGAAUGUGGUGGCCAUGGGCGUCAGCGACAAGAGGGACAUCUCUCGCUUUUUAGAGUGCAACCCAGUGAUGAUUGAUGCCAAGGAGGUGUCUGCUGCCCACAGAGCUCGCUACUUUUGGGGAAACCUGCCUGGCAUGAACAGACCUUUGGCUGCCAUGUGCAAUGAUAAACUGGACCUUCAAGACUGUUUGGAGCAUGGCAGGACAGCUAAGUUUGAUAAAGUGCGGACCAUCACCACUCGGUCUAAUUCUAUAAAGCAAGGCAAAGACCAGCACUUCCCUGUCUUCAUGAAUGACAAAGAGGACAUCCUGUGGUGCACUGAGAUGGAGAGGGUGUUCGGCUUCCCUGUCCAUUACACAGACGUGUCAAACAUGAGUCGUCUGGCCAGGCAGAGGCUGCUGGGAAGGUCUUGGAGCGUCCCGGUCAUCCGUCACUUGUUUGCACCACUCAAAGAGUAUUUCGCCUGCGUCUGAACUCAAAUCCAGUACAGAUGGGAAAAAAAAAUUGCAACCGAUGUUAUACCAAGAGCUUUGAAACCAAGCUCUCGUAUGUUAUCUGCAAGUUUGACAUCAGAAAAAUUGUUGUUGUUUUUUUUCUUCUGGUUUGGAAUGAUUGACUCUGUUUAAUUCUAUUUAAUUUUUUUAUUAUUAUUAAUUUUACUUUUUAGCAGUGUUAUCCAGUAUUUUAAUUGAUUUAUGUGUGCAAGCUAUACUUGAGACAAGGCCUCCUUUUAAGGCACUGAGAGACGAUGUAACAAUUCAAGGCAGAAACGAGAAAUUCAAUGAGACGCAAAACGCAUUUAGUUCGCCCAAGCAUUUCGAUUCCUUGAGUUUUUCAUCUGUCGGGUCGCCGAGCGAUCUAAUUCUCAUGGUGCACAUCUUUCCUCCAGCGUCUGAGCCUUGGUAAGAGCGGGGAAAAAAAGUCUAAGUUUCUCUUAGUGUCAGGGGAGCUCUGUCUUAACCAAUCCAAAACACCAGAUCACAAAUACCUCUUUGUUUACAGUUUCUAUACACAACUGAAGGUGAUAAAGGUACUACUGUAAUAGGUGACAAUAUGGUGCUUCAAGGGGGUGAAAAACAUUGCAACUCAUGUGGUGCUACUACUCGAAACAAGAUCGUGGGGGUCACGUUUUGUACCGUCGCCAGGAAAACCGACUGAAACCUUAAAAAAAGAAAAAAAAAGAAAAAGAAUCCAGGUCAAGCCAGGUCUGCCACAUCUCAUUUUAUAUCUUUUACAGCUUUCUUUUUUACAAUAUCCUCUGGUGCUCUUUUCAAAAAAAAAAAAAAAGAAAGAAAAAAAACCACACGCCUCAGCCUUUCAAUCUUUGAGGUCAGCUUCCUUCAGUAUGCAUGAAACCAGCCACAUGGGCGGUGAUGUUUUUAUCAUCCAUACCUUGAAAUCAAACGGCUGUGGUGAGCUAGGUUUUUCUAGUGUCACCCAGGCCAGAAUCAUUACUGUACAACUCUUAGCGCGCGUGGCGGCCGCAGGAAGGAUGGCGUCGCUCGAUCAGCCUCCGACUGCGGCGUCCGUAGGCUAUUCUCAGUCAGGUGCAAACUUUAAAGGUGCGGCUUCACAAUGCUCUUCUACCUUUUAAUAGCAAUUUUUUUUGUGCUGUGUUACCAACAGUAUCGAGCACUUUUGUAUAUGUAUACAUUAUUUCUUUGAUAUGUUUUUUUUUUUAUCUUUCUUCUCGAUUCUUAUGAAUGGUUUUGUUGUUGUUGUUGUUGUUUUUUUUUGGGGGGGGGGAGGGGUUGGGGGAUUUUUAAUGAUGUGAAUUUCUUGCCGUUAUAUAAGGUAAUACUUUGUUGUGUACAGUAGGGCUGUGCCAAUAGAUGUGAACGAUUGAGCUAGGAUAGAAUAAAUCCGUCUGUGGUGCCGGUGGUGAAGGGGCCCAAUUCGAAUAGCACCCCUCUCGUGUUUCCAUGUGCUACGGAGUCGCUUUAUCAUAACUCGCUUCGAGAAAUAGUGUCUGCUCACGGUUCGUACUGCUAUAUAAUCCCAAAGUGAGUGUGUUUGUGAAAUAUCUCUGUAGGAAAAGUAGUCGGAUGGGGUUUACUACGUCUGGUCCCUAGCGUAGAUCUGAAAACAUUAUUAUGUUUGCCAAUGGUGGAUGUUGACCAUGUCAAUAAUUUUAAUUAUCACGCGAGCUACGUAGGCUAAAUUUGUGAAUCUGGUUAGAAACGGGCUCUAAUGAAAUCCUUAUUAGGCUCUUCUUUUUUUUAAAAAAGGCAUUGCACUGCUUACAUACCUUUACAUUUAUCAUGUUCAGCAAAGUUUUUUUGCUUCUUAUUUUCCCAGUUUGAUUGAUGCCCAGAUUGUUUUCUUUUUGUACAUUUUGUACAUAGAAUUUGUCUGUUGCUUUUUUUGAAUGGCGUAUGAGAUGUACAAAUGUAAUUCUUUGCUAAUAUAUAUCAUAGAAAUCAAAACAGCGCUCAAAUCGCAAGAGGGGUGUAAUUUACAAAAUGGAAAGAGGCUAAUUGACAUAAGCUAUAAAGCAGCAGGGUGUCUUUUGUAAUUCAUAUUUAUGUAUGUCGAACAGAGGAUAAAACUAAAGAAUGAGUUCGCGAAGUGAUUUUAACAGUCCCAUCUUUACUGCACAGCCCUACAUACAAAAGUGUGUUUCGAUUUGCUUUUUAAUACUUUUUUAAGUACUUAAGGGAUUGUAGGAGUUUCCUAAGGUGCUAAACAUUUUAUCUAAUUGAGAAAAAAUAUAUUAUUUGGAAAAUAAAUAAACUUGUCUUGAUAAUGACUGUUUUUUAUGUUUUAUUUUUUUGCUGAUUGUUUCUUGUAGUAUUGGAGAAGCACUAUUAUUUUACUCUCUCGUAUAAAGAUAUUAACAAAGGCAUUUUAACUUUGUACUUGAAAAAAAUAAUGAUGAGUGAUGAAAGAUUCUUAUAUUGUUUUAGAAUAGACAUUGCUGUAGUCGGUGCUUAUCUGUGGGAUCAUGUACUUAUAAUGGGAAAUAAAAAAAAAAUAAUGUAAUAAAUUUUGCUGUUAACAUGUACUUGCUUAAUAUCCAGGCAGAAUUGCUUCUAAGUCCUACAUUCCAUGCCAUAUAUCCAGCCCUCCAUCUUCUUCUUUUUUUGUAUUUUUUAUUUCUUCUCUGUUUGAUCCAUUUAAGUUGCUUUAUUUGAGUAUAUAUAUAUAUGCAUAGCAUACACACACAUUUGGCUGUAACAGCUUCUUGUUUGCUCUCCUAACAGGUUUUCUGUAUUUCUCAGUGACACUGUUGAUAUUUGUGACCUCUGUUGUGUCAUAUAAACUUUUGCAAUCAGCUCAUACAGCAAAUGUAGCAAUCAUUUGCCACCUCUCCCCCUUUCUUUCGUUAUGUGCCCAGAACGAAGAAAAAAGGCUCCUUAUGUACUUGUGCUGGAGAACACUUGAAUAAAUGUUUUUUUCCUUC